GGCCCACUUCUUUCUGCACGUAUCUAUCUCUUCAACAUGCCUGAUCCAACCUUUACAAUCUUCAGAACUAACAAUUUCUCUGGCACGUGGUUUCAUGGCAUUAUUGCUGUCUCAUGGAGUUUUUUUGUUGUUACUUUUUAACCUUAGCAAUUAUGAAAAAUAUAUAUGGUAUCUGCUUCUAUCUGUUUGCUACAAUCGUAUAUUCCGAUUACCACAACGAAAGGCUAUGAUGCUCUGCCUUACUGACUUCCUUUACUUUUGAGUACUCAUCCUAUGAUUGUCUACAAUAAUCGUUAACAUACUUUCCUCUUGAUUGCCAUGAUAACCAGGCAUUCAGUUGUAUCCGAUGUGAAUGAUUUGAGAUUGAAGGCUAUUGCACGUCGCAGGUAAUUAAACUCUCCUUUUACAAUGCAAUAUAUGCCUUACUUAUAUAUGCACUUUUAAAUGUUACUUUAACAUCUGCUUGUCUGGCAAUAUGAUAUAAACGCUUUAAAAAUAUGAUGACUAUUGCCACUCUAGCCGGGGCAGGUUAUAGAAAACCAUCACAAUUUACCCCCACAGAAUCGCCGUAGCGAAGACGAUGCUGUCAAUUCCUCGAACCAGGCGGCUUGAAGAUACUUAGGCAUUUAGGUGUU